UCACGGCUGUAUCCAGCAGGGGAGCAGGGAGGGAGAACCACCAGUGCUGCAGCGGGGAUUCCUCACUGCAGAGGCCGGGACUGGAGCUCCGACUGCCGCGGAGAGAUGCGCAGUCAGCCCGCUAACUGACGGGGUGUUUGUGUGGCCGGAGGGAGACAGGCAGUAAAAGACACAGAGGGGAAGAAGCGGGGAGACAGAUGGGAAGAUGGAGACCCCAGUGUGACCAGUGAAACGAAGCCGGAGCUUGGGGGAACUAAGAUCGGAAGCUUCCAGAAACAUGGCUGAGAUGCUGUUUGGUUUAUCAGCCAACAGGCGCAUCGUCGCCGGCCUGCUGGUCAACCUGCUGUCCUCCAUCUGCAUUGUCUUCAUCAACAAGUGGAUCUACGUGCACUAUGGCUUCCCCAACAUGACCCUGACCCUCAUUCACUUUGUGGUCACCUGGCUGGGACUCUACAUCUGCCACAAAAGGGACAUUUUUGCUCCAAAAAGCCUCCCAGUUCGCAGGAUUGUGUGGCUGGCACUGAGCUUCUGCGGGUUUGUGGCCUUCACCAACCUCUCCCUGCAGAACAACUCAAUAGGAACAUACCAGCUGGCUAAAGCCAUGACCACGCCCGUCAUCAUCCUCAUCCAGACCACAUACUAUAAGAAGACCUUCUCCACCAAGAUUAAACUGACGCUGGUGCCCAUCACACUGGGGGUGAUACUGAACUCGUACUAUGACGUGCGGUUCAACCUGCUGGGCACAGUGUUUGCCACGCUGGGCGUUCUGGUGACGUCGCUUUACCAAGUGUGGGUGGGGGCUAAACAACAUGAGCUCCAGGUGAACUCUAUGCAGCUUCUGUACUAUCAGGCUCCGCUCUCAUCAGGCUUCCUGCUCUGCAUUGUUCCUCUGUUUGAGCCUCUGACUGGAGACGGAGGAAUAUUUGGACCCUGGUCUCUGCCUGCGCUGGCGACAGUGAUGUUUUCGGGUGUGGUGGCGUUCCUGGUCAACCUAUCCAUCUACUGGAUCAUUGGAAACACCUCAGCUGUCACAUACAACAUGUUUGGUCAUUUUAAAUUCUGCAUCACUCUGAUUGGAGGAUACCUGCUCUUCCAUGACCCACUGUCCUUCAACCAGGCUUUGGGGAUCCUCUGUACUCUGGCAGGCAUCCUGUCUUACACUCACUUCAAGCUGAUGGAACAGGAGGAGGGGAAGAGCCGCCUGGCUCAAAGACCAUAGGCCGACUUAUCUGUCAGUCAGCUGCAUGGACUCGUGCCAUUGGCUGUCCACGGUGUGACCGGCUGCAGAGACCUCUUUUAUAUAUAGAUUUUAUUUUAUGAGUAUUUUUGUAGGAGAGUAAAGAAUUUCAUUGAGGUCCCCUGACAGGAUUAAAUAUGUACGACAUGUCAACACGCCCUCUGCUUCCCAACACUGACGUUGAUGUUUUAAGGGACACUGAAGCUCAUCACACCAGCAGAGGGAUUUUAAACUCGACUGGACUUUGAAUGGAUGUUAUCAGCUGCUGAUUAAAAUAAAAUAAUCUGUUGAAUUCAUGAAACCACAAACCAGAGAAAUCAGACGAUAACUUCCUUGGUUUUUAUGUAAAGCAGUUGAAAGAACAUGCACAACUUUUUUUCAAGCAGCGUUUACAAAGACGGAUGCAGGACGUCAAAUCCAGCCUCAUUUCUUCCCUGAGCUCCCUGCUGUUUGUGGCAUGUUUGCGUUGACAGAUUGGGUGACCUUUGUUACGUUCUGUGGUUUCCAAGUCACCAGUCAAAAGAAAACCACAGGUCCAUGUCAACACAGGCUGGACAGACUGUUAAUAAGAGAUGGGAAUCUAUCAGCCUGUAACAACAAAGCGUACUGGAUUUGUUUAAGUUGUGUGUACCUGCUGUUUGUGGACUCCGAACAGUCCAGCAAACGCCUUCCAUCAGGUACUAUCGACAAGGGAUUUCACAUUCAAUGAAAAUGUUUUUGCUUUAAAGUGACAGUUGCUUUAUAAUUUUUUAAUAGCUGCUUGGCUACACCAGUCAGAACAUCCACACAUAGAAAAUAAUGGACUGUAUUACACUUUGGCCUCUUCCUGAAGGAAAAUAGAGGUUCUGUGUCUCAACCAUCCUCCUUUUUUUCCUGUGUUUUUGUUGAUUAUUCACACACAGAAAUCUGAACCUGUCCUCUAAUGUACCUCAGCACUAUUUUAUAACGAUAGUCCAGCUGUUCUCAAGCUGCCCACAUAAAUGAUUUCAACACUCGCCAACCCGUCGACCAGUAUUUUCCACAAGUGUUAAGUAAAACACACUUUAGAGCUUGAUUACAAAUGACAUUUUCAGUCAAAAGCCAGUAACUUAUGAUGAGUAAACUGGCAGCAGUGCGUAGGCAUUAUUACCACAGCAGAACGAGGCGCAGCAAGCUAACAGCUAACAGACUAGCCAGCCGGGAACAUUGUGUUGGUUCACAGUCUUUUAUGUUGCCAAUGAUUUCAAUAGGUUUUUUUUACUUUAAAGGUCUGCAGUAUUUCAGCUUCUAGUUUCAGGCAGCUCUUACUCCCACUCAGUGUUAGUUUUUGUUUUUCUUUUAUUGUGGCUGUUUUUGACAUAAGUGUGUGCCCUCCUUGCUGGGAUUUACCAAUUUCUACCAUUUUUUUUUCCUUUCAUGAAAGCAUUUCAGGUGCACGCCUGCAGGAGGCGGUCUGAUCCAUUGUUUUUGUAAUAUUUAAAACAUGUAAACUACAGUCAGCCAUUUUACUGUUGAAUUAAAACUCCAGUCUUAUGCUACUACCGUGAUGUUUCAUUACAGAAAGCAGUCUGCGAUACGCUGCAGCCUCGCCGCGUUUGGUCUGACCAUACGGAGAUUCAAACAGUUGACUUGCAGCUUUCUCUGCUCUCAUUUCACUCUACUGUGCUGAACAUACUGUAUUCAGUCUGCUGAAUAA